AUGAAGAAUCCCAAUCUCCCACUUAUCCUCUAUUUUGUAACUACCUUUGCCUUCGCAUCCGCGGAUAACCCACUUUACGCCUCGUUUGUCCAGUGCCUAUCGGAACAAGGAAUUUCAAAUGACGUCGCCUCGCAAAUAGUCUCCAACCCAAACACGCCCCAAUUUUCCACCGUCUUAAAUUCCUACAUCCGCAACCGCCGCUUCAACACGAGCGCCACCCCUCGGCCCGGUCUCAUAGUCGCCCCCACGUCGGAGGCCCACGUCGUCGCCGCUGUCGUCUGCGCCGUGAGGCUCGAAAUCCACCUCAGGAUCCGCAGCGGCGGCCAUGAUUAUGAGGGCACGUCCUACGUCUCCGGCGAGAGGAGGUUCGCCAUGCUCGACAUGUCCAACUUCCGUUCGAUCGACGUCGACGCCGCCGGACGGACUGCCUGGGUCGGAUCCGGCGCCCUCAUCGGCGAGCUCUACUACCGGAUCUGGGAGAAGAGCAACACUCUCGCCUUCCCCGCCGGAGUCUGCCCCACCGUCGGCGUCGGCGGCCACAUCGCCGGUGCCGGCUACGGCAACAUGCUGAGGAAGCACGGCGUCACCUCCGACCAUGUCCUUGACGCCAGGGUCGUCGACGCCUCCGGCCGGAUCCUCGACCGGGCGUCGAUGGGGGAGGAUCUCUUCUGGGCCAUCCGAGGAGGCGGCGGCGCCAGCUUCGCCGUCGUACUCGCCUACAGAAUCGCGCUCGUCCCCGUUCCUCCGACCGUCACCGUCUUCCAGAUCGAAAAGUUCCGGUCCGAAGACGCUGCGGAGCUGGUCCACGAGUAUCAGCAGGCCGUGUCGGCCAUGGACGACGAGCUCUUCGUGAGGGUCCUCAUCCAGCCGAUCACCAGAAACAGAACCCGAACCGUUCGGGCCACGUUCAUCGGACAGUACCUCGGCCCGGCCCAAAACCUCCUCAACGUCACGGCCCGUUAUUUCCCCAAGCUGGGCCUGACAAUCUCCUCCUGCCACGAGAUGCCGUGGAUCCAAUCGGUCCUUUACUGGGACGACCGGACCAAUCUCACCCGGUCGCCGGAGGAGCUCCUGAACCGGAACCCCAACUCAGCCGGUUACCUCAAAAGAAAAUCGGACUACGUCAAGAAACCGAUCCCCGUAAACGGCCUAAACCGCAUGUUUGACGAGAUAAUCCGAGUCGGGCGGGUGGGGAUGGUGUUCAACUCGUACGGCGGGGUUAACAGCAGGAUUCCGGCGACGGCGACGCCGUUCCCCCACCGGGACGGGAACCUGUUCAAGAUUCAGUACUCUGUUAAUUGGGACAACGGGUCGGACAGCGAAGAUUUCGUGCGACAAUCGAGAGAGCUGUACGAGUUCAUGACGCCGUACGUGUCGGAAAAUCCGAGGCAGGCGUAUUUCAACUACCGGGAUUUGGACAUCGGAGUUAUGCCGGCGGGCGAGUCCAGCUACGGCCAGGGGAAAGUUUACGGGGAGAAGUAUUUCAAGGAGAAUUUUGAUCGGCUGGUGAGAAUUAAGACGAGGGUCGAUCCUCGUAACUUUUUCAGGAACGAGCAGAGUAUUCCGACCGCCCAAAGAAGCGGCGGCGACGCCGUUGCUCGCCGAGUCAAUGCUUGA